AUAGCUUCGUGUAUUGUAUUAAUUCAUUUCAUAAUCCAAACCAAAUUUCAAUACAUCCCGGAAUCGUUGGCCGUUGUAUUCCUCGGAGCAACUAUUGGUCUGAUAAUGAAAUUAAUAUCAAACCAACAUUUGGGAGACUGGAAAAAAGAGGAAACUCUGAACCCAACGAUGUUUUUCCUAAUACUAUUGCCGCCCAUUAUCUACGAGUCGGGCUAUAACUUACAUAAAGGCAACUUUUUUCAAAACUUUGGCUCCAUUUUAGUCUUUGCGAUCGUCGGUACCUCUAUAUCGGCCUUUAUUAUCGGCGGCGGUGUUUACGUCUUGGGUUUGGCUGACGUCGCGUAUAAAAUGAAUUUUACCGAAAGCUUUGCUUUUGGAGCGCUUAUAUCUGCGGUUGAUCCGGUGGCCACUCUCGCCAUAUUUAACGCCUUAGAUAUCGAUCCCAUUCUAAAUAUGUUAGUCUUCGGUGAAAGUAUUCUUAACGAUGCGGUCGCUAUUGUAUUGUCGACGACUGCACUCGAACUCUCGCAGAUGUCUUCAUCCGUUUCCGGUGAAGUCGCUGUUAUUAAUGGAUUUGUUAGGUUUGGUAUUGUAUUCUUUGGUUCGGCGGGAAUCGGCGCCGCCUUUGCAUUGAUUGCAGCUCUG